GCGCGCGCACUGGGUCGCCUUUGAUCAGCUGCUGGAGAAACAAGCGAGUGCAGCGUCGGGACGCGAGGAUUGCUUUUCGUCCGCCAGAUCCUUGCAGGCAUUGGCGAGCUGCCGGUUAGGAGGGAAGAGAGAGAAAGGAGGAAACGAAGGAGGGAAGGAAAGAAAAGAGGAAACUUGGCGGCUUUGGACAAGCCAUGAAGUUCCAGUACAAGGAAGACCACCCUUUCGAGUACAGGAAAAAAGAAGGAGAGAAAAUCCGGAAGAAAUAUCCAGAUCGGGUGCCUGUUAUUGUGGAGAAGGCCCCCAAAGCCAGAGUACCUGAUCUGGACAAGAGGAAGUACCUUGUCCCAUCUGAUCUCACAGUUGGCCAAUUCUACUUCUUGAUCCGGAAGCGAAUCCACCUGAGGCCAGAAGACGCCCUGUUCUUCUUUGUCAACAACACCAUUCCUCCCACCAGUGCUACGAUGGGCCAGCUGUACGAAGAUAAUCACGAGGAGGAUUAUUUUCUGUAUGUGGCUUACAGUGACGAAAGCGUGUACGGCAAAUGAGCCCCUCGGCCGCUGUCCUCACAGUUGCGAUGGCCUGAAAUGACUGUUCUGGGAGGGCGUUUCUGCGUCAGACAGAAGCAGGAAGAGGGAGGAAGAACUGGACAACAAGCCACAUAAUCUCAUGCCAUCAUUCCUUGCACCUUUUAUUUUAAUUAAUUAUUACUGUUGUUUUAUUUAAUCCGUUGGGGGAAAGAAUGGUUGGUGCUUUGCGGCAGGUCAGGGCUUUGGGGAUGGAGAGAUCUGUUUGCCAAGUUCCCACCUUCCAUUACACUACCUGGCUCUUCCAUCAAUGCCCAGUGAGAGGAGAGGAUGCUACCAAAGGGAACUGUGGCUCUCCCCAUAGCAACUAACCUUUAAUUUGCCUAUGUUUUAAAGACAGCAGCCCCCUCUCCCAUGCACGAAGAAGAGAUAACAUUAACUCCUGUUAAUUCAUGAGCCUUUUCUCCCCACCCUUUGCCCUCCUUUCCUUGGCCCUGAUCCCAGCGGUAUGUGUGCACCCCUCUCCCGUCUUCCUCAUGUGUAGCAUCUCUGAUUUGAGUUUCAUCCAUCACUCUAGCGGCAUGUCAGCCUCCUAUAAGCAGAACCCUGCAGGUGCCAUGCAGUAUGGAGAAACCAGCUUCCUAAGCGGUUUGGCUAACUUAAAACAAUGACAUCACGUCCCUUUCUUUCACGGUGUUACCAAUGAAUUGGGCCUUGGGCGUCCAUCCUAUAUUGCAUUCUGCACGAGUGUUUUGUGACGUUAAUGUGUCCUUGCUUGCCAGCGAAAGGCUGUUCUCUGCUAGGUCGCCAUCCUGAUACCUGUCUUGUCUUUCCUUUGCUGCUAUCAAUUCAAUAUGGAAAGGGGGGGAAAUAAUCUUGGGAUUAACUUGCACCCACAGCCUUGCCUCGAAGCAUACAGUAUAUUCUGCAGUCCUUUUGUGAAAACGGUUGUUGGUUUUUCCUAAGGAGAGCAGCACCUCUCUCCCACACCCCUGACAAUACCCAUCAAUAUUGAAAAAGAGUUUGCCCAACGUAGGUAGGGCGAAUCAGUUUCUUUGUGACCGUAGUAUUGGUCUCCCUCUCCUUUUACACUGGUUGCUCCCCGUCAAGAAAUCACGGUGAAAUGUAGGGCAUUUUGUGUUGUGGCUUUAUCUUUUUAAUUGAUCCUGGUGGUUAGAUUUUGCAGUUGUGUAGCAACUAAGCAUAUUUAGAAGAGAGGCCAAUGAUGAAUGAAGGGUGGCAGCUACAUAAUCUCAGGCUGGAGAAGGAAAACCAGGUGUUUGCCUCUGGAAUCCUGAACUCUCCUUUAGAUGGCACCUAUUCUUGAGAAGCGUCUGAGUUUAUGGAAACGGGCGACGUGCCCGGCCUCUGCUUCUCUGUUUAACUCCUCCCCCUGCUCAUAGCUUUGAAGCGUCAUUCCUACAAGAGUAUCGCGAGAUGGCAAGGGGCCCAGUGGGCCAGCACUCCUUUAGGCAGGGGCCAAGGAUUUGAAGGGGUGGUGAAGAAUUGAAAUUGCACAGCUGGGGAGCGGAAGUGACACAAGUAGCUGGAGGUAUACUGGUUAGUUUCGGUGUCUCUUGUGGCAAGACUGCUUCUACUUAGUAUGCCAAGUUCCUUGCACUACAAAUUUCAGUUGGCUCCACUUCCGUUUUCCUCAGCCUUUCCUGUCUUUCAGGAGGUCUUCAAGAGUCACAUUCCGAAUUCUUACAGGUCAGGCAAGUCUGGUGUGAGUCAGGGCAUGCCUGGGGGUCUAGUGUGUGUGAUUGUGUGCAACCGGUGUAAUAUAACGGAUGCUGAAAGAGACAGUGAUCUACCCCCUCCCCCAAUGCUGCUGCUGGUCUUCAACCGACGUUCAUGGGGUCUCAACAUACCCAUUUCUUAACAUAUGAAGGAUUACGUUUGAAGGUGUUUUUUUAUUUAAAGAUGGCGGCGUUUACUUUUCGUUUUCGCUUUUCUCCAGUAUGUAAAACGCAGUGUUGGUUAUACUUUGUCAUUAACUCCAACCAGCUUCAGAUUCCUGUAAGAUGAAACCCAUGUCACAUCGGCUCAAAUCAAUAAACACACAUUUAAAGAUCUGA